UAACUCUGUAUUGGUGGAGACACGAAAAUGAAGACUUUUCACAGUUUUACAAAAGCAUGUUUUUGUUUCUGUUUCUGUUUCCCAUAAGAUAAAUUUAGGAGAAGAAGAUCUUUCAUCUUCUUCCAUUUCUUCUUCUUCUAGAUCUUGGUUUCAGACAGAAGAAUGGGAAAUUGGCUUUGUCAUUCUCAAACUAUUGUGACGGAUCUGAUCAAUACCAGCGAAAAUACAACAACCAGAGCAUCAGCAUACACUUCAGGAGGAGGAGGAGGAGUAUCAAAUGGUGAGAGUACUAAUACUAGUAAUAAUGGGGACCAUAACCCAAUGAAUGAAGAAAUUCGGCAGUUGAAAGUUUAUAGUUUUGCUGAUAUGAUAAAUGCCACUAAGAAUUUCAGAUCAGAUAGUACACUUGGAAUUGGUGGGUUUGGGACAGUUUAUAAAGGAUGGUUGGAUCAAUAUACUCUUUUACCUUCUUCUAAGUUUGGAACUGGAAUCAUGGUUGCCAUUAAGAAAUUGAAUCAACAGAGCACUCAAGGUUUUCGUGAAUGGGAGUCUGAAGUGAACAUUUUGGGAAGGCUUUCUCAUCCAAACUUGGUGAAACUUUUGGGAUAUUGUUGGGAAGAUAAAGAGCUUUUGCUCGUCUAUGAAUUCGUCGUUAAAGGAAGUUUGGAAAAUCACCUCUUUCGAAGAAUUCGAGGAAAUAGUUUGUCUAUCGAGCCUUUAUCGUGGGACACACGGCUCAAUAUAGCCAUUGGUGCGGCUAGGGGUCUCGGUUUCUUGCAUGGUUUAGAUGAAAAGAUCAUUUAUAGAGACUUCAAAGCUUCUAAUAUAUUGCUUGAUGAGGACUAUAAUGCAAAGAUAUCGGAUUUUGGGUUAGCCAAAUUGGGACCGUCGGGAGGAGCUUCUCAUGUCAGUACUCGGGUGAUGGGCACGAGUGGUUACGCCGCUCCGGAAUACAUUGCAACAGGCCAUUUGUACGUAAAGAGUGAUGUAUACGGAUUUGGAGUCGUGCUAUUGGAGAUAUUGACGGGUAAUCGUGCAAUCGACAAUAGACGUCCCAAUGGACAAAAAAAUUUGGUGGAAUGGUUACGACCCUCUUUAGGAAGCACAAAGAAAUUGAAAUCAAUAAUUGACCCGGGAAUCCAAGGUCAAUAUCGUACUAGGGACGCUUCACAGGUUGCUAAACUUAUCUUACAAUGUCUCGAGACUGAUCCACGAAAGAGACCUUCCAUGAAAGAAGUUGUCGAGGCCUUGGAACAAAUAAGAGCGGUAUGAGAAAAAAUAAAAAUAAAAAGAUCUUGAGAUUAGAUGAGACUACUAAUUCAGCUCGUCGAUUAUAACAUCCUCCCGAAUCUUUAAUCGUGUUGAGUGAAUUUUUGUAUCACUCUUUUUUCGUUCUAUAGUUCCUCCGAUUGAUGAUUUUUUUAGAAAUUUAUACAAGUUGUAAUGGAUUGGUCUGUUGUGAUCUACUACAAUUUACAGUCACAAGUCAUAGAUUUGUUUAUGUUGUAAAGUAAUUGUUUUUAAGUGCAAAUCAAGAUUGCUCUUUGUUUUGUA